CAUCCCGUGUGAGUGUCUCGGUAACCUGAUUAGCCAGCCUGUCAGUAAUAAUAAGGCCAGGUCUUGGAUCUAGGACCCAUCGCUGUGUCAGCUAGUGUGAGAUGACAAGAAAGACUGGGAGAACUAUAACCACAACGGGAGACGAAGGAGUAAAGAGGAUUUGUGUCCAGACCCCCAGACAGACCCCUGCUUCGCCCUGUUCCAGACUGAAAGGCCAGGAAUGUCCAGUCCCGCACCAGACGCUCAGGCCGGUCCAGACCAGACUGAGAGUGACGGGUCGUCUGAAGCGUCGCCCCAGGGUUUGAGGAAGCCACCUGGGCAUCUGAAGUUGGCACGCAGCCUUUCUAAAUCAGACUCCGACCUGCUGGCUUCCCCUCAUUGUGAGGACGACGGGCCUCUUGGUGGCCGAAGCGAAUCCCUGUCCAACUGUGCUGCUGAGAGGAAGGAAAUGGAGCAGAUGCCCUCGUUUGCCUCCGAAUGGGACGAGAUUGAAAAGAUCAUGAGUCUUAUUGCUGGCAUCGAGAUCUCCGAGGAGCAUCAACCCGCAUCGAAAGAUGCAGCUGGGAGCCGCGUGCUGGAGCAGUCGGUGGGGGAGUGGCUGGAACACGUGGGAUUUCCUCAGUAUGAGAGCAAACUGGUGCUCAAUGGCUUCGAUGACCUGCGCUACAUGGGGAGUAACGUGAUGGAAGAUGAGGACCUUCAGGAAAUUGGCAUCACCGACCCAGGCCACAGAAAGAAAAUCCUUCAUGCAGCAAAAAGCCUCCCAAAGGUGAAAGCUCUGGGCUGUGACGGCAGCACCUCUCUGUUCUCAUGGCUGGAAACUCUGGGUCUUGGAGAGUAUUUGCACAACUUCUUAUCUAGCGGCUACCGCACCCUGGACUGCGUUAAGAACCUGUGGGAGCUUGAAAUUGUUAACGUGUUGAAAAUUGGCCUGCUUGGUCACAGAAAAAGAAUCAUCGCCUCAAUCGCGGAGAGACCGUAUGAGGAAGCGCCUUCAAAAUCCAACCGCUUUUCCCAACUUAAGAUUCAGGACCUGUUGUCUCAAAAUACGUCACCGCUCAGUUAUAUGGAUCCGUACACCAGUCGCUCCAUGGACAUGUUGCUCCCAUUGGGAGAAUCGGGCAGAAAGAGCAGAGCGUUGGAUCAGGAUGGCAGUAUUUCCCUUCGCUCCUUCGGUGAAAGGUCACGCUCACAUGACCGUCACGCAGAUCGACAUUCACGUCUAAAUCUUCGUCCUUCCAGCCACUCUGCCACAUACACCACAGUCUCCACCUGGCACCAUCAUCCUGACAAACUGAUCACGGAGUCCUGCGUUUAUGAGGCCAGAUAUUUAGGGUCUGUGAUCAUCCGAGACCUGCGAGGAAUUGAAUCCACGCAGGAGGCCUGCGCUAGAAUAAGGAAAUCAAAGGAUCACCGGAAAGGUCCCGUCAUAAUACUGAAUAUCACCUACAGAGGAGUUAAGUUUGUUGACGCAGCCACCAAGGCAAUGGUUGCAGAGCAUGAGAUCCAGAACAUCUCUUGCGCAGCCCAGGAUCCGGACGACCUUUGCACAUUUGCAUACAUCACAAAAGAUCUGAAGUCUGGCUAUCACUUCUGCCACGUCUUCACCACAGUAGAAGUGACACAGACCUAUGAGAUCAUCCUGACGCUGGGACAGGCGUUUGAGGUAGCCUAUCAGAUGGCUCUCCAGGCACAGAAGUCCCGUCGUCACAGUUCAUAUGCUGGCCCAGCCUCCGAAAACAUAGAACCCAAGACCAACAGGCCCACCUCACAGUCCCGCAACAGCAUGCGCCGCUCCACUGGUGCACCUGUGCUUGAAUGCCGCUGCUGUUACUGUCACACGUGCUCCGCCCACCGCCCCUCCUACCUCCCGCUGCCCUCUAUCAGCCCUGGAGUUCAGGUUCUGCUCUCUCUUUCUCUCUCUCUCUCUCCCUCACAUUCUCCAGCACUCUUCUACCUGCUACGUCUCUGGCUUUCUCUUCCCUGCCACUUAUUCACUUUACUAAUUUUCCUGUUAUGUUUCCAGUUUUCACUGUUAUCCACCUAUUUUUUCCCCCCCAUGUACAUUUUUGGUUGACACUAGCAACAGGUCACAACUUUAAAACUGUGGUAUAAGUAAAAUCAUUUAAAAUCAAGAUGAUUUAAACGUUGCAAUCAUGUACAAAAUUCAAGGAUGAGGGUAUGUUGUGUCAGUGGCAAAUUCUUGUUUUGGCCUGAGGAUGUUCUCAAUAUGUGAACAGAGUAAGGUUUGUUUUAAAAAAAAAAAUGUCAUGAAACUUAUCAAAAACCUACCUGUCCAGGUGAUAUUUCACUCAAGAGUCAAAAGAAAAUAAGACAUUAUGUUUUGAUUUAAGAAAAUUAUUAUUAAAUGAUUUAAUUGUUUUGCUUUGUGACAUUUUGAUGACAAUUAAGAACUUACAACAUGGCAAUAUAUUACUCCUAUUACUGUGUGUGUGUUUGUGUGUGUGUGUUUAUAAUAUGCAUAUUUAUUUAUACAUGUAUAGAUAAAAUAUAUGUGCGUGCAUGCAUAUAAACACACACACACAAACAUACAUGCAUAAUGAUAGAUACAGUUAGGCAAUAUAUAAUUUAAAUAGGUUUUAAUUAUUUUUAUUGUUUUUAGGUUUUUUCAUAUUUAUAGUUAAUUCUGGUGAAUAUUGCUUAAUCUCGAAUACAAUACAGUACAAAAUAAAACACCCAUAUGCAUUAUUAUGGUAAUUUUGUGCAUAAUUGUCUUGUAAAAAUGUUACAGUGCAAAACAUAGACUCAUUUUUAAGGUUUGCAAAAUCUAAUUUCUGAAGGGAUUUUGAAAUGUGACCCAGACAUGUUUUCAGUUGAUUUAUUCUGUAGAUGUACUUCACAGAUCUCUACAAUUUUUAAUUGGGUUUACCACGUCUUUUAUAAUUAUUAGAAAGUAAAGGGAAAUGAAAAGUUUGCGUCGCCUAACAAUGUCAUUGAGAGGACUUUUCAAAAACAAAGUAUUGCGUUUUGAGCAAUACUUAACAUGUUGAGCCAGCAACAUUGGAGACUAUUAUCUUACAUUUACACCUUUUUAUUAUCAAACUCAAAAUCGUCCCUUUUUUUGAAAACAACUUGAAAUGACAGUAUCAGGCGACCUUCUUAAAAGACACUACUCUAGGGAUUUUGUGCGCAAAUUGAAUUUAAGAGUCCAUUUGCAAGAACGUUUGUCUGUUAACUAGCAGCUAAAACGAACAUCUGUUUGCAUAUAAACGCUCAGCAUCAGGUUCAGAUAUCAGUGUUGUUGUGUCUAUACCUACGGUGAUUUCUCCUACAUGGUGUUCACCCUCAACGGCCAUCUCCUCACUUUUGUGAAUUGUGGGUUUCCGUUGGCUGCCAUUCUCUCCUGCAGUCUCACUCCUCGCUCCUACUUCUCCGGCAGAUCGACCCUCUGGAGCCGGAAACGGACCUGCAGUCCCUGGGCAGCACCAGUUGGCUCUUCGAACCGCGGGAAUCCUCCAGACCUUCGAGUAGCACCAAGUAUGAGACCACCAUAUUUUGAAGCAGGGCACGGCCCUUGUCCAAUCCCGCCUGCUGCCCCAUUUCAACCCCAUGCCCCAUAAACUCGAGUGCCCCGUGCCUUCUCACUGUGAUUUGUAGCCUUCCUCAGGGCAAGACUACUUCCCACUCCAGUCCCGACCCCGGCCCUUGCCUGCAUUGCCCUCUCGGAGAGCCGUACGCCUCCACCUUCCUUCUUUUUGUCGUCUUGACCAAUGAGCGCUUUCUGGAAUCCUUGGAUUUGCCGUAUAACCAGCCUCCUCAAACUCUUCCGUCAUGGUCCGAAAUCACCUCUUGAAAGCUUCCCUUAUUUUAUUACGCUGAAUGUUUACGGUUCGGUCCCUCGUAUCUGAGGGUUCUCUAUCACAAAACCUCCAAACUUGAUGCGCCGAGUAGCACUCGGACACUUGUAGCAUUUCUACAUCUCCUCAUCCGGACGGACACGUUGGCGGACCUUUAUUAGAAAUUCGUAGAUCCACGAACUCUGACUGAAACAGCAAUACUAGUACUGUUUUUCAAGUUUACGUACAUUCACGGUCAUGAAUGCAGCAUAACACAGUUUCCCAUCGGCGCUCCUCGAACCCUGUAGCACUAGAUCACUUUUUUCCCCCCCGUAGUCGGACCCACGUUACCCCCACCCCCAGCAGUUCUUCAGUUUUUCAAAAGAGUUGGGUCUGUAAUCUCGAUUCACAUCCAGUGCUUCCUUUUGUCUUACCAGGCAUCUGCAGCUCUGAGGCCCUCGGAAGAAAGACUAUGCCUGUUUAGAGCGUUUAGAGGUUGGGAUUUGAAAUGCAAUACAGUUUUACUGGGAAGAGUAGAAUACAGCCCAGAGAAAGUGGAAUAACCAAGGCAACAUUCCUAUUCUGUUUUCUUGUUGGAAUUUAAUUGACUUUUUGUCUAAUAAGGAAAUCCAUUUUGUUUCGUAAAGUUCUAUAUUUGUAACUUUACAUUGUUAACAUCACAUGAUAAGUGUGUGUAUAACCUCUAUGUUCUUUUUGUGAUUGAUGAUUUGUUCUGUAAAAUUAGUUCCCUCUGAGAUUUCCACCACAAAGUCAUUUGCAGAAAAAUGAGACAGGAUAUUUUCGUAGACAUAAUAAUAGUAAAUGUUACUAUUUUGAAUUGCAAAAGAAUUCCCACGGUGACAAUUAUCUUUAGAGAGAAGAUAAUGAAGCCAAGAAAAGAAAAAGCACUAAGGCUAGAGACAGAAAAAAAAAGAAGCUCCAAACAGCCUUACGCAUUUUGUGACAUAUACUGAACGUUUGAAAAAACACUGUAAGUUUGCACCACUUUGUUUAUUUACUCAAAAAAACAAAAUAGAGAAGAAUAAGAAAAACGUUAUUUUAAUGUAUUAGAUGCUAGAAAUCUGGUCUUUUACAUUCUUGACGGUUUAUGUUUUGUCUUGUUUCAUGUGCCACGUUCACACUGCGGUUAAAUACGAUUCCCCCAAACAACUGUGUUUUUAAAUCAGAUUUAUGCAUGGAGCAUUCAAAAGUUAAUUGAAAAUUUUAAUUAUAUCAUAAUAAGUUUAUUUUUUCUGUCAGACAUGAAAGAUAUUAUGAAGAAUGUUGGGAACCAGACAAGUUGCUAGAAACCAUAGUAUAAAAAAAACCUGCUGGUUACUGUUUGGUUACCGGUAUUCUUCAAGAUAUGUAUUAUGUCCAAACUCUAACGAGUGAACUGUCCCUUUAAAUAUCGAUAGCCGCUUUUAUUGAAUUUGCGUAGCAUGCACGCGCACCGUUACGGAAGUGACGCACUGAGGUAUGUGUCUUGAUUUGCUCGCAAAUUUCUGUAGCUUUUCCUGACAAUUAUCGGUUACGUAAGCUUUUGGUCGCCUGUGUUUCUUUAUUCAGAAAUAUCGGCGUCGAUGUUUGUGGUUUAUGACCGCUGUCCCUGUAGCGAAACUUUCGCAACGGUCGCUAACCGUCAGCCAUUUUUGGUUUUAGACUCGCACACACACAGAGCGAUAAUUUGGGCGAUUAAUUUCUUAUUUAUGCGCUGUCGUGUUUCCAAAUCGUUGCAGUGUGAACCUGGCUGUAUGUGUGUGUGGAAAAGACUGUUCACUUUCGUUUGAUUCUGGCUGUUAAUCACUUCUGAACUGCACUUGUCUCUCACGUCCGGUUUUAUGGCGUAAUCUGUUAAAAGUUGUGGUAAUUUCUUUGUGACUGUGUUGCACAUUCUCAACUUCCAGACAUCACAAUCAUCCUCACUCAUUAACAACCAUGGUUUGCCAUUGUUUUGUCUCAUUUCCUAACUCAAAAUCGCCAAAGAGGCUAACACGAGAUCCAUUUCGCUCAUGCGUCAUAUCCUGUAAACGUGAGCUUUGUGUAUUUUUUGACACUUCUUUGAAAUGCCAUUUUUUAAUAUUUCAGAUUUAAUUAGCAGUCCUGUCUGGGCUCUGACAACUUGAUUGGGAUUUUAGAGCGUUCCCAUUUCUGAAUUCCAAUAUAUUUUUCCUUGUGUAGCUGACUCCACCUUUCAAGUUUCCGGACACCAAGGUGUGAAUUGAAGGGGACUCAGGUGAAACUUUAUGUGUGAGUCCAAAUGAGGAAGAAGUUGAGUGAGUAUGCGAGAGAGAAAGAGAAAUACAAAAUUAGCACUUAACUGCCGUACCAAACGGACUGUCCAAAGUUGCUCCUACUGCAAAAAUAAACUUGAAUACGGACGUUACCCAGCCGAUAAACUGAUUUGCUGGUGAUGUGGAAGCGGAUGUAACACAUUAUAUAAUAAAAUAUGAAUCAGCAUGAUAUUCAAAUUGACUGAAUCUCACAAAGCAAUGUCGUUUCACCCCAAAAUCAAAAGAUUUUUUUUUUUGCAUAAAGCCAAUGAAGCCUAUUUUCAGGACUAUUAAGACAUUAUCAUCUAGACACAUUUUUGCACAAUAAAUGUAUUAAAAUCUUCAUUAAUUAAAAGCAGUACAGCUAAGAUGUAGACUAACUGUGCCGUUUUCCAAAUAUGAUAAGAACAUUGAUGUCUAAUUUGCUUAAUUGUCAUGAAAAAUGUGCCGAUGCACGGUCUUAAAAAUAGGUUUUGUUCGCUUAUUUUGUUUUGGGGUGAAAGAUGAACAUUUUCAAGUUUUUCCCUUGAGAUUCACUCAUAUCUUUAAAGGCAAGCAGUAAUCUCUGGAAAACUGGACUUCUCUUUCCUGAGCACUGUGUAAACAUUGUGCAUUUUAGCGUUCAAUGUUUCCUCAAACUGUGGUUUAUUUUCAUACGGAGGACUUUGCGAGCGACGUUGGCAGAUUAUACCUAAAAAAAAUGAGAAGUUUUGGACUGCUUGUUGAAGAUUUGCCGCAUUUAAAACAAAAUGGGUUCAAAUGCGGACCCGAGAUGGAAACGUUACUGUUGAGAUGAAGUGCUUCGAUGUAAAUCAGCAAAAAUAUUUUUACCUGUAUGUGAAGAAUCCAGCUAAAUUGAAAUGGAAUCAGUGGUUGAUGCAAUGAUCUUACUGUGAAAUAGCAAAGAUGUAGCAUAUUUAGGCUAUUGAUUUGCCAUAUGAAAACAAAGAGCUGAAUCGUCACUUUAUGGCCACCUAUCACAAAGCCUAGUUGUCUAGCAUCACGACGAGCGUUUUUUUUUUUUAUAGUUAGCAGGUUCUUUGACAUAAUGGAAAAAAAUGGGCACGUAUGCUGCAGCAGAACAGAAUGGUUUACAGAAAAUGAGAGAAAAAAAAAAGAAGAAAAGAUGCAAACCCCUCAGGCAACACAUGUCCCUCGCUUUCUCUUUGAAUUCACUUGAAUUUCUUUUGAACGUCACAUAAUUUGAGCAAAUAUUGACAAACGAUUCAACACCAAUUACGUUAGCAUCCUCUUUUUCUUCCCGGUUGGGAAGAGUAUGAGGACGUCAGAAACAUACCAGGAUCAGGGCAGAACGCUUGCACUUGACAACACAAGAUAAAAUACCACUGUUGGCCUAAGUAGAAGGUAAAGUAACUACGAUUAAAAGAUGUCUAAUAAAUGUACUUUUUGUCCUGAAUGUUCAUACUAUUCUGUAUGUUCAUUCCAUUUACUUAAGGAACAAUCAUUAUACUAUCUCAAUGCCAUUGAACUAAUAAAUUCAAUAGAAUUUUUGCUCUA